AUGCCCCGGGAUCCAGCUGCAGAACAACUCAAUGAGUAUAAAAAAAGAACAAAGCCCGGUGCACUCGUUUUAACCGGUAAUGGAGUUCCGAUUGCUAAUAAGCAGUCGAGUCUUACCGUUGGUCCCAGAGGGCCUAUUCUGCUUCAAGAUUUCGUUUUGAUCGAUGAAACCUCUCAUUUCGAUCGCGAAAGAAUACCCGAGCGCGUCGUCCAUGCCAAAGGAGCAGGUGCGUUCGGUUACUUCGAGGUGACCCACGACAUCACGAAGUACACGAGAGCCAAGUUAUUUUCCAAAAUUGGAAAGAAGACUCCGCUGGUAGCACGAUUUUCCCAAGUCAGCGGCGAAAGUGGUUCAGCUGACACUUCGAGAGAUCCACGCGGGUUCGCUAUCAAAUUUUAUACGGAAGAAGGGGUUUGGGAUAUGGUCGGUAACAACACGCCGAUAUUUUUCGUGAAAGAUCCUCUGAUGUUUCCCAGUUUUAUACACACGCAGAAAAGGAACCCCGCCACUCACUUGAAGGAUGCCGAUAUGUUCUGGGAUUUUUUAACUUUACGCCCCGAGUCGACUCAUCAAGUUCUGAUCUUAUUUAGCGAUCGAGGCAUACCGGAUGGCUAUCGAUUUAUGCACGGCUAUGGGUCUCACACCUUCAAACUAGUCAAUGAACAAAAGGAGACGAUUUGGUGCAAAUUUCAUUUCAAGACGGAUCAAGGGAUAAAAAAUAUUGAACCAGACAAAGCUAAACAGAUCGGAGCUAAUGAUCCCGAUUAUUCUAUUCGAGAUUUGUACAAUGCCAUUGCAACGGGUAAGUAUCCGUCGUGGACGUUUUAUAUUCAAAUCAUGACGCAAAAACAAGCCGAAUCAUUCAGAUGGAAUCCUUUUGACGUAACAAAGGUGUGGCCUCAGAAAGAAUAUCCACUCAUGCCCGUGGGUAAAUUAACCCUCAAUAAAAAUCCUGAUAACUACUUCAGCGACGUCGAAUCGGUGGCUUUCGACCCAGCCAACUUGGUACCCGGAAUCGAGCCGAGUCCCGACAAACUUUUGCAGGGUCGUCUUUUUUCUUAUGGUGACACGCAUCGACAUCGACUGGGCCCCAACUAUCAGCAGCUGCCGGUCAAUUGCCCUUACAAGGAGCAAUUCGUGAUUAAUUAUCAACGCGAUGGAUUGAUGAACUUGAACAAUCAGGACGGCGCCCCGAACUACUUCCCGAACAGCUUCAACGGGCCGCAGGAGUGCCCGGCCGUGCGAUCGCCGAGCUUUCACGCGAGCGGCGAGGCCGAUCGUUACGAUCCCAUCAACGAGGACGAUUACGGCCAAGCGACGCUGUUCUGGCGCAAAGUCCUCGACGAAGGGGCGAAAUCGCGCCUCGUGCGCAACAUCGCCGAUCACCUGAAGAACGCCUCGGCCUUCAUUCAGGAGCGCGCCCUGCGCAACUUUGGCAAAGUCGACGUCGAGCUCGGUAAACGGCUGACGGAGGCUCUGCGCAAAUCUGACGCGAAGAUCCACGCGUCUGGGAUUUCGGCGAAUCUCUGA